AAAAUACACAGAAAAUACAACUCACUCUGGCUGUGUUCAAAGUUCAGUUGGACUCUGCUGCUGACUGCUGAUGAUAAGUUUACGAAGCUCCUGAUUCACUGCAUCACUGAAAUAGACGUCUCCGAGGCUUUAAAGGAAGCAUUGACUGAUUCGGGUGUUUAAUCCUCUAAUACCACGUGCAACGUGUUAAAGAAAGCAUUGACGGAUCAGGGUGUGAAAAAUCAGCUUAAAGCCGUUAUAGGUACUCGUAUUCUCGAGGAGCGAACGACAUCUUAUACUUCGACACAGUGAUGCCUCCACUUCGCCACCUUCGCCAUCUCCUCCGAUCAACCCAUUAUCACCAUCGCCUGGUCCUAGUCCCAUUAAUCUCUUCGUCUCAUCCCUUGUCCACUUCUCAAAAUGUUAGUUUGGCUGCCCAUACUACUCCCACAAUUAAACCAACACAGAAAUCAAGAUCACUAGAUGCAACGGAAGACGGGUCAGUAAGCGGCCAAAAAAAGACUUCGUUCGCAAAAGAUCUCCUUCUUGGUCGAUUCGACACAGAUAUCCUCACAUUCCCAGAAGUCUUAGAUAAAGAGAGACAUGAAACGUUGCACGAAAUGCUGGAACCAAUAGAAAGAUUCUUUAAGGAGGAAGUCGAUUCGAGAAAGAUUGAUGCGGAAGGAAAAAUACCAGAAAAAGUUCUGAAAGGAUUAGCCGAACUUGGCUUGUAUGGUCAACAGGUUCCUGUGGAGUUUGGUGGGCUUGGGCUUAACGCUACCGAAUAUGCAAGGCUUCAAGAAAUCAUAUCUCUCGAUGGAGGAAUCGCGGUAACACUAGCCGCCCACCAAACGAUCGGAUUUAAGGGAAUCUUGUUGUACGGAACACCUGAGCAAAAGGCCAAGUAUUUACCUCGUCUGGCGUCUGGUGAAUUGCUGGCUGCAUUCGCCCUUACUGAACCAGGGUCAGGAUCGGACGCUGGUUCAGUCUCACUAAAAGCUACGUUGUCUAAGGACGGCAAGUCGUGGGUGCUCAAUGGAUCCAAGAUAUGGAUUUCCAACGGAGGAACGGCCGAUUUCUUUACCGUUUUUGCCAAAACUGCGGAUGACAUUGUGACGCCAGACUCGCCACGACGGGUAACCGCCUUUCUGGUGGAACGAAGCUUUGGAGGUGUGACGAGUGGAAAGUCGGAAGAUAAACUGGGAAUUCGUGGCUCUAAUACAUCCGAGGUGUUCUUUGACAAUGUUGUGGUUCCAAUGGAGAAUGUCCUGGGCGAGGUUGGUGAUGGGUUCAAGAUUGCUGUGAAUAUUUUGAAUAGUGGGAGGUUUAGUAUGGGGAGCGCUGUGGCAGGUGGACUCCGUCAAGGAAUGGCUCAAGCUGCCGAGUAUGCCAUCACUCGAAAACAGUUUGGGAAACCCCUCAUGGAAUUCGGUCUAAUUAAAGAGAAAUUUGCCCGAGUGGCAAUGCAUACAUAUGCCAUGGAAGCAAUGGCAUACAUGACGGCAGGGAUGUUAGAUUCUGGGGACUAUGAGAAUUGUGCAGUAGAAUCUGCCAUCGUAAAGGUUUACAGUGCUGAAGCAGCUUGGGUAUGUGGGAGUGAGCUCCUCCAAAUUUUUGGUGGAUCCGGCUACAUGAAAGAUCUCCCUUUUGAACGAGCUGUACGAGAUAGCAGAAUUCUUUUAAUUUUUGAAGGAACAAACGAGAUUCUUCGUCUCUUCAUUGCCUUAAUGAGCCUUCAGCAUGCAGGAAAAGGAUUGAAGGAGAUGGUAAAAAAGCUGAGAAAUCCCUUCAAAAAUCCCAUCUUUAUGUUUGAACAAAUCUGGAGACGUCACAAAAUCGCGAAAUCCGAUCCAUCGUAUUCUAUUGGCAUUUCCAGCUAUCUACACCCUUCCCUCGACACAUCUGCCAAAUCCCUCGAAUAUUGCGUCCACCGACUCUCGUAUGCAACAGAGGUCCUCCUUCAACGACAUGGAGCGGACGUGAUCAACCCUAAACUUCAACUCGAGUUAAAACGUGUAGCUGACAAUAUGAUCGAUAUUUAUGCCAUGACUGCCGUUCUUGCGAGAGCAUCGCGAUCCUAUUGUAUAGGAUUGAAGGAUGCACAAACCGAGGUGAUACUUGCAGACGCAUUUGUGCUCGAAGCUAGUGCCCGGUGCGACCAAAGGGUGGAGGAGCUUAUCACUAUGCCUCGUGGACUGCUUAUAGAUACCCAACUAAACACAAUUGCUGACCAAGUGUUCAAAAAUAGAGGAUAUUUUGCCGAACAUCCCCUCACAAAGACUUAUUGGUAGUUUGUAGUGCUAAAUAAUCGCUGUAGUUGCCAAAUGACUACACUUUUCAUUUUACAUAUGUAGUCCAUGUUUGAUAAUCAUUUACCUUACAAAUAAAUAAUAAUAUCUGUGCUAA